UCGUGGAAGCUAAAAAGUAUGGAGCUGAAAAAAGUUUUCAAGGGUUCGGCUUAUAAAACGUGAAGUGUUGGGAUUUUCCGUCAGUUCGAGUAGUUUUUCUUGAAAACAGUCAAUAUUUUAAGUGAAAAUCGGAAUAACACUUGAGGCUGAAGCUAAAUGUUUACAAAAUCGUACAGUUUUUUGAGUAAAUAAAGCUCUCGCGUGUACACAACAAACUUCAACAACAAAAGUUCUUAACGUAUAGCUACUCGUAUACAAUGCAAACUUUAUAGUUUGUAAAGUGUUUUUAAAAAAGUUACAACAUUUUGAAGAAAUUAAGGGACCGAAGUCAAGGCUUAAAACUGGAAAGGUGUGUGAAAGUCCAACUUUAGUGAACGAAUUGGACCUGGAGAUUAAGGAAAAGUCGUCGAGUAAAAAAAUCUCCCCAACAUUAGAGCUAGAAACAAUAAAUAACACAUAUUCUCACCUCAGGGUUCUGCGACAGAACAAUGCGUCUUCACUUGCAUUGUUAUUAAAAAUUCGAUCUUUUCGGAUUUCCGCAUAGUAAAAAAGCGCUAUUUUUACCAAGCAUGAAAAUGCAAGAACGCGAAGAUCGUCGGACCACGACGCCUUUGAUCGCCGUCGAGACGCGCGUCCAAAUCAGUUCCUCAAUGGACUUUAAGUCUCGUGUGCGCGAUUGGUGGCAAAGUCUUCGCCUUAAGGCCUUCUGUCAACACGCUGGAUUGUUGGUGGCUUUGGCUGGAUAUACCGUGCUAGGAGGAUUGGUGUUUAGAAGAUUAGAAUAUCCAGCUGAACUAUCCAGAAUCGAAUAUCACAACGGCACCCUUAGUCAGACCAGGCAGAACCUGAUUAGGAUAAUAGUGAAUAAUUCAGAUUUAAGAAACCUCAUAUCAAUUGAAUUGGAUAAUUACGAAAAAGCUCUAGAGGCAUCGUUUAACGAUGGUAUUCCGUUACGUCCCAAAGUGGAAAUGGCCAAGUGGACUACCUUGAAAGCAGUCUUUUUUUGUUCCACAGUACUGACCACUAUAGGAUAUGGAAACAUAGUUCCUAUGACUUUAGAAGGCAAGGCUUUUUGCGUAGUUUUCGCUUUGGUAGGGAUACCUUUAACAAUGACGGUUAUUGCUGAUUGGGGUCGGUUAUUUGCUUCCACUUUGUCAGCAGUCAUGCAACAAAUUCCUCCGUUACCCAAGUCUUUAAGGAAUGCUAUGGUUGCUCGAAGAACUUCGUCCUACGCCCUAUCGGCCGUGUGCUUCCUUUUCGUGUAUUUAGCAGCUGGGGCGGCAAUUUUCGUACUUUGGGAAGAAGAGUGGAGCUUUUUUGAUGGGUUUUAUUUCUGCUUUAUUACGAUGACCACUAUUGGGUUUGGAGACUUGGUUCCGACACAGCCCAAAUACAUGCUGCUCUGUACUCUCUACAUUCUGGUCGGAUUAGCUCUCACCUCCACUAUAAUUGAGCUGGUGCGACGACAGUACGCCCAAUCAUGGAGGCAACUCCAAGCUCUUAGGGGACCAUUGGCUGAAAACUUCCGGAAGUUUGCGGACAACGCGCCUGGUCUAGAUGUUCUGGCCUUUCAACAGGAUUUAAUGAAAGUAUUGACAGUGGUAUCAAUGCCAAAGCGAAUUGGUAGUCGCAAAGAUAAAAAGAAUAAAGGAAAAGUAGACAAAGAUUGGGAAGACGCCUUGCAGGCGGUUAUCCAGGAUAUUACGACGAAAAGUUCAAAUAAAGAGCAACAACUUGUGCAAAUUGUUGUUUAUGAGAGUUCUGUUUAAUAAAACUUUACCCAUU